CACGACGUUGGAGUCGUAACCUGUACUUCGUCAUUCCCACACGGUUCAACAUUUAUAUUCUAUUUAUUUAUUCUCGUUUUCACAUCACAAUAGUACUCGAAAUUUUCUACCUUCUCCUUCUUCUCUUGAUCCACCGAUAGUGAAAAGAAUUCAAACGCUUCGAGAAUUGCGAUGGCGAAGAACAAUCUAAGAGUUAGUAUGGAAGUUGGAAACGAUGGAGUUGCUGUAAUCAAGAUUUUGAAUCCACCUGUUAAUGCAUUAGCUCCUCCAAUUUUAGCAGGAUUGAAGGAGAAAUAUGCAGAAGCUAUGAGAAGAAAUGAUGUUAAAGCUAUAGUUCUUACUGGUGAGGGCGGGAGAUUUUCUGGUGGUUUCGACAUCAGUGUUUUUGGGCUUGUUCAUCAAACUGGGGAUCUUUCUAAGCUCCCUGACGUAUCUGUUGAACUUGUGUGCAACACAAUUGAAGAUGCCAAAAAGCCAUCAGUGGCUGCUAUUGAAGGACUUGCACUUGGAGGUGGUUUAGAAUUGACAAUGGGAUGCCAUGCGCGUAUUGCAACACCCAAAGUUCAGCUUGGCUUGCCAGAGCUUACACUUGGUGUUAUCCCUGGAUUUGGAGGAACUCAACGACUUCCAAGGCUGGUAGGGACACCAAAGGCUAUUGAAAUGAUGUUGACAUCAAAGUUUAUCAUGUCUGAAGAAGGGAACAAGCUUGGUCUCAUUGACGCCAUUGUAUCUAAAGACGAGUUGCUGAGAGUAGCAAGGCGCUGGGCUUUGGACAUUGCUGAGAGACGUAAACCUUGGAUAUCUUCUCUUCAAAGGACUGAUAAGCUUGGUUCUUUGUCUGAAUCACGUACAGUAAUUCAAGCUGCAAGAGAACAGGCUAAAAGGACUGCUCCAAAUAUGCCUCAGCACCAAGCGUGCCUUGAUGCUGUUGAGGAGGGAAUUGUUUUUGGAGGAUAUUCUGGUGUCCUGAAGGAAGUGAAACUAUUCAAUGAACUGGUUUUAUCAGAUACCUCAAGAGGUCUUGUCCAUUUCUUUUUUUCCCAGCGUGCAAUUUCAAAGGUACCUAAUGUUACUGAUAUUGGACUCAGACCUAGGCCUAUAAAGAAAGUCGCUGUCAUUGGUGGAGGUUUGAUGGGUUCCGGAAUCGCCACAGCUCUUAUCCUAAGCAAUGUAUCUGUUGUCCUUAAAGAAAUCAACCCUGAGUACCUGCAGAAGGGAAUUAAAACAGUAGAAGGAAAUCUUCGAAGUUUAGUGGCAAGAGGAAAACUAACAGAAGAUAAGGCGAAGAAAGCCCUCUCAAUUCUUACAGGCGUGUUGGACUAUUCAGAAUUUAAGCAUGUGGAUAUGGUGAUAGAGGCUGUUAUCGAGAGUAUUCCACUGAAGCAGUCAAUAUUUAAUGAACUUGAGAAGUUCUGCUCUCCAAACUGCAUUUUGGCAUCAAAUACAUCUACUAUUGAUCUCAAUGUUAUUGGAGAAAAGACGAGCUCUCAAAAUCGUAUUAUAGGUGCACAUUUUUUCAGUCCUGCACAUGUGAUGCCUCUCCUGGAGAUUGUUCGAACUGAUAAGACCUCUGCCCAAGUAAUUCUUGAUCUCAUGACAGUUGGCAAGGCCAUAAAGAAAGUUUGUGUGGUAGUAGGAAACUGCACAGGCUUUGCAGUCAACCGUACCUUCUUUCCUUACACACAGGGGGCACACAUUUUGGCAAACUUGGGUGUGGAUGUGUUCAAGAUUGACAGAUUGAUCAGCAGUUUUGGCAUGCCGAUGGGCCCCUUUCAGCUUCAGGAUUUAGCUGGAUAUGGAGUAGCAAUGGCAGUAGGCAAAGAGUUUUCCACUGCUUUCCCAGAUCGGACUUUCAAGUCUCCACUGGUUGAGCUGCUGCUCAAAGAUGGGCGAAAUGGUAAAAAUAAUGGAAAAGGAUAUUAUAAAUAUGUAAAGGGAAGCAAACCAAAACCCGAUCUUACUGUUCUUCCUAUCAUUAAGGAGUCUAUUAAACUUACUAAUCUUAUGCCUGGUGGAAAGCCCUUAUCUUUGAGUGAUCAAGAAAUAGUGGAGAUGAUAAUGUUCCCAGUGGUGAAUGAAGCAUGUCGUGUUUUGGAUGAAGGAGUUGUUGUCCGAGCAUCAGAUCUUGAUGUUGCAUCUAUCCAUGGAAUGAGUUUCCCUUCCUACCGCGGUGGUCUUGUAUUUUGGGCUGAUACUGUUGGAGCUAAACAUAUAUACUCAAGUCUCAAGAAGUGGUCAGAAAUGUACGGCAACUUCUUCAGACCAUCAAAGUUCUUAGAAGACAGAGCAAUGAAAGGAAUUCCAUUGAGUGCACCUGCGUCAACAUCUCAAGCUGCAAAAUCACGCCUAUAAGUGGAAGUUAUUGUGCGGGAAACAAAUGUGGAAACCAGAAUUUUGUUUUUUAUGAAGAAAAAUCCUUGCCUAUAUCAUAAUGAGUUUAUAUUCCCCAAAGGCCCGCUUCUCCAGAGGGCAACACACUCCUUAGUUCGUGUCUGGGUUUAUUGUAUUCACAAAACAAUAUAACAUUAGAAACCAAUAAAUGUACAAUUUAGAAUCUGGGGAUAAAAGAAUGUUUCAAGAACUAUUGCUUUCUUCUUUUUUUCUUCAAAUAAUCUGUAGCUUAUUAUUAUUACUGUUCACUUUUGGCUCUUCCUAAAAACCUACAGAUUUUGUCA